AUGUACCCGAUGGGAGAGCAGUACGAGCUGAGACUGACAGAGGAUUUUGUGGUUUGUUUUAUCGUCUGUCAAGGGGACCACAACCCACAUAUGGGCGCAAUCAACUUCGACAACAUCGGUUAUGCCUGGAUCACUGUUCUUCAGUUCCGGGAUGGCUUCAUAGCAUUCGUUGUCUUCGCCAAUGCCAUGAUGAUGGCUGCCGAACACCACAAUCAGCCCGAGUCCAUCCAGAAGCUUGCAGAAUACUCUCAGGUUGUUUUCACGAUCUUGGUAAUCAUCGACGUGCUGCUAAACCUUGUGGCGUUCGGUGUUGUGAGGUUCCUGAAAAACGGCUGGAAUCUGUUAGAUGUUGCUAUCGUCUUGGCUUCCAUCAUCAGCAUCAUUUUCAAUGAACUGGAAAUGGUGCAGGUCAUUCCAAUCAAUCCCCGUAUCCUAAGGGCCGUGAGGUUUGGGUGA